CUCUACAGCAAGGAAGAGGACGAAGUGCAGCACCCUUUGUCUCGUUGCAUUCACCCACGCAGCAGCGCCGUCCGAGCCUCCGAGCAAGGCCUUCCAGUCCGGUGGUGCACUACAACUUGGGUCGCUGGUCGUCUGUCUGCCUUGGUGCUCGCCAGAGCUCUCUCUACGCAUUCGUUCCAUCUGGCCUGGCCGGGCUGCUUACCUAUCUGUGAUCUGGCUUCGCUUCAUCAGACGACUGGAACUGGAACGACGCCUGCCGCUGCGGACACGUGCAUGCUGGUGGAUGCGCGAUAACUGCUCUCACCCAGCGUCUGCGAGCCCGCGCUGGAAAUAGUCGACCCUCUGCCGCCGCGCAGCCAGGAGAAGUCGACGGCGCCCAGAGUGCAUAACGAGCUCCAUUCCCUCAUUCCACGGCGACACCGAGCUCGACGGAUCGACAUCCACUUGACAGCACAGCAACUCGCGUCGAUAUCAAAAAGACGAGCGAAAGUUUGUGCGCGUCCACUUGCCAGCGCGCGCGCCCCGCUCUGGCCCCGGGCAGAGACGAAAGCGUGCAUUAGGUUCGCGGCGAUCCUCCGUCGUCAGCGCGAGAAACGAUGGAGCGGCAAGGGAGCGUCGCUACCGCGGCGUACCAUGCCCACCAACACCCUCACCACCUGCACCACGCGCAGCACUAUCAUGACCAGCCAUCGCUGGCGUAUCGCCCUCUGCAGCUGUCGUUGCAGCACCUCGCUCCGCCGCAGCAACACCACCAUCACCACCACCACCUGCUCCAGCAACAGCAGCAGCACCCAGCUCCCGCGUCCGUAGAUCCGCAACCACAGCUCUCGUUAGUGGCCUCGGGCGCGGGCUACCCAAACUUCCGACACCAUCAUCCACCCACUCUCCCGCACCGCACCCGGCACCAGAUCCGCCAGGAGCAGCAGCAGCAGCAGCGCCGCACCAUGGCGUACGAGGCCGGCCACCAGAUCUCCGACGACGAACUUGCGCAGCUCCAGAAGGCCAGCGAGGGCUACGAACCGCCCGUUUCCGGGCCUUUGAUCGGGCAUCGACAACCAAGCACAGCCAUCACCAGCGAAUACGCCUCGGCUGAUCCUGUAUACCAGGCGAAGACGCAGUCGCUGCCGCAAAAGUACUCCCACUACCGCACCGUUCGAGGCGAUGGCAAGUGCGGAUGGAGAGCUGUGGCAUUUGGCUACUAUGAAGCACUUAUUCAUCAUGGUGACUUGAACCGCUUUGGCAUGGAGGAGGCUCGCCUCAAGUCGAUUGCUCCUCUCAUGACCCAAGCCGGCUUCAAUCCCACCGUUAUUGAUGAUUUCGCCGACGAAGCGUUCGACCUGCUGCGUGAGCUCGCCAACGCAAUGGCCGAAGGCCUGGACGCUGGCGGUCUGCUCGUAGACAAGUUCAACGACGACGUGGUGCAGAACUACAUCAUCACCUACAUGAGGUCUCUCACGGCAGCCUGGAUGAAGAGCAAGGAGACGGAAUACGCUCCUUGGUUGCUCGGGCAGACUGUCGAAAGCUAUUGCCAGAAUCAAGUCCUUCCCGUUAAGGCAGAGAUCGACAAUGUUGCCUUGAGCGCUCUCAAGGAUGUCCUCCUGUCCCCAGCAGGCAUCUUGCUCGAAGUGCUCUAUCUCGACCGCAGCGAAGGCAGCGAAGUUACCAUGCACAGGUUCGACCCAGUCGCGUCCGGAGGCUUCAUACUCGGCAGUGUACGCUUACUUUACAGACCUGGCCACUAUGAUAUACUGUACAAGCAAGAAGACCUCCCGGUGCCGCCUCCAUCACCCGCUGCUGUGCCCACGUAUUUGCAAUAUGGCUCUCAGACGUACUACGAACCGGCCGCCACCUUCAAUGGCUCGGACUUCAUGGCAUUGUUACCUGGCAUGUCGUACGCCAACCAGACUCCCUUCUGUGGCAUGCCGUCCAGCUUUGACUCUUACGACUCGGCCUCGGACUUCAACUUCACUACCAACAGCAAAGCUCCUGUGACCACUUGCACACCAGCCGUUCCCACUCCAUCUGCGCCGGCUCCUCAGCCGCACAUGCAAUCUCAGUCAAUGUUCGCAUCAGCGAGUCCACCAGUCCAGAUGGUUCCACCAGCUUCUCAGCUCGCACAUGACAUGGUGGUACGGAACGUUCCUCAGUUCAACCACUCUGAUUUUGGUGGUGGGCCAUUCCGCCCUUCAGCGUGGCAGUUCGAUUCCGAGUUCGUGUCACAAUCGCAGAUGCCGUUCCAGACCUCGAUCUUCAGGAACUCCCCAUUCAACCAGGCUCACUUCCAGAAUCCGGAUUUCCAGCCCGAGCAAUGGGAUCCUGAAGGCGAAUAUGCCACGGCAAGCAGCAGCAGCAGCAGCAAGAGUUCGCGACACAAGAAUAGCGGAUGACCGUCAGCCGUGUAACGACGAACAAGGAAGUCGACAGUAUUGGUCCCAAUUUCCAAGAUGCCUUCUCCGCUCGUGUGCGUGCGCCUUGGGACCUGGGUACGUACCAGGUGUCACGAGAGUCACACGGCCACGGCGGGAGUGUGCAUUAGCUCUCAUCUCUUCACCAACAAAACCACCGACCGACCUGCGACGCUCCUUACCCUCACGACCGGUUGACGACGGCUUACGACCUAAGACUUAUCACCUCAGGGUAACCUAGCAAGCAGGAUUCUAGACUCCACAGCAUAUCUUCCUCUCCAUAUGGGAUACUCUUUGAUCUAAUACAGUGCAUGGAGCCCAGCGUUUGCCGCACGCAGUCACACUUGCGACGAUUGGUCAUUGCGAGAGCGACCGCUUGCUAUUGGCCGGCUCACGUUGGGCUCACGAGCAUUUUGAUUUGAACGCGCAUCAGAUUGUAGCAUUUAGCGAUGGCGAUGGGGAUGUGCCGCGGGGCAUACGGGUAGUGGCAUGAAGACGACAGACAGGUAUCAGGGCCUGCAGUGAGUUUGGAACUUUUCGGUAUUGAUUGUCUUGUAUUCCGCCACACUAUGGCGAUGAAGUAUUCAAAAGUAUAGCUAGAUUGCAAGACUUAAUCACAACCACACUCAUUCGGCGAGUUGCAUGCGAAUGCACUUGCACUCUUGGCA